ACAUGCAGUAAGCUAACGUUAGCCACCGAGGCCGUAAACUUGGGUUACCUCGACGCCACCGUUAUGUAAACGCCGGCACCGCUGUUUGUCGUUUAUGUUCUCAAUUUCGGAUUAUUCUUUGUCAUGUUAGAUUAUCGUAACUUUGAGUCACUUUAGCAGUGCUGUCAUAGCUCAGCCUGAUUGUUAGAGGGUCUUAUCUAGUGGUGGUAAGGUUAGAUUUGGUGCUGAGUUAGCUGCUAGUUAAUUAUUUUCUUGCACGAUUAAUCUUACUGAUAGUAGUAGACACAAAUUUUUAUAUUGCAUUUCAUAAUGAAUGGUCUUCCUUGCACUGCAACAACAAAUUAACGGUGUAGUCAGUCUGAACUAAUAUGGAUGUUGACGACUGCAAUGGCCGGUCUUACAUAUCAGGUAGUGGAGACUCUUCAUUGGAAAGAGAGUUUUCUGGAGCUCUUGGAGGUCCAACAGUGAGCACGCCAAACAGCAAAGAAAACUCUCCCAGUCGUUCCCUCAGUGCCAACUCCAUUAAAGUGGAGUUGUACAGUGAUGAAGACCCAGGUCGCAGUACCGAAGAUGAGCGAGGGGAGCGGGUUGAAGAAGGAGGUGCAGAGCAAGGAUCUGAGACUGUCGGAAGCUACAGAGAGCUCACCAAUCCUGAAAUCAUGCCAAGUGGAGCCAUCAGACUGCCAAAUGGAAAGCUCAAGUGUGACGUCUGUGGAAUGAUCUGCAUUGGGCCUAAUGUGCUCAUGGUGCACAAACGCAGCCAUACAGGUGAGCGACCAUUUCAGUGUAAUCAGUGUGGCGCGUCCUUCACACAAAAGGGAAACCUGCUCCGCCACAUCAAGCUGCACUCGGGGGAGAAGCCCUUUAAGUGUCCCUUUUGCAGCUAUGCCUGUCGAAGACGAGAUGCACUUACUGGCCACCUUCGCACUCAUGCAGUGUCUUCUCCAACUGUUGGGAAGCCAUAUAAGUGCAGCUAUUGUGGCCGUAGUUACAAGCAGCAAAGCACCUUGGAGGAGCACCGUGAGCGCUGUCACAGCUACUUGCAGAGCCUAGAUUCCCAGCAGCCGACCAGUGCACCAAAUUCAGGAGAGGAAGUGAGAGAGCUAGAGUUUAUACCAGAUCCUCUACUGCAGCCCUCCUCAGACAAGAUGGCGUUUAUCGAUCGGCUCGCCAACAGCAUCACCAAACGCAAGAGGUCCACGCCACAAAAAUUUGUAGGGCAGAAGCACAUACGCCUCAAUCUUGCAGAUGCACCUUAUGAGCUCACUGCUAGUUUGGAUAAAGAUGGAGACAUGCUGCACCCAGGAGACCUUGAUGCCCUGCACUUUACUGGUCUGGGAGGAGAAUACGUAGGUGUUGCAGGUAAUGGAGGAGGAGGUGUAUCAGACUCGCUAAGACCCUUACACCCAUCUGCCAGUCACCCUUCGUGUUUAUCAGAACUCAGGCCAAUUCACAGCUCCACCCAUGCUCCUGUUCCCCUUGGCCCAAGGUUGGAUUGCACAGGGGCAGGAGCUGGGCUGGGAGCUGUGGUUGUAGGGGGCAGGGAGGCAGCAGAGGGUCAUGAAGACCUGCCUGUGGGUCGAAGUCACGCACCUUCACCUAGCAAUGGUUGCCAGGAUUCUACUGACACAGAAAGCAUGGCAGAUGAGCCGUGCAACAGCUGCGUUCCGACUCCGACUUUGCACAGUAACAACGGCCAUCACCUCCUCCACUCUAACAACCAUAACCCAGCACCUCCACCCAUCACACACCACAGGAGUCGGAGCAGACACAGCCCCAGCCAUGCCAAAGACCGGGAGGUGGAAAGAGAGGAUGGAGGCCAUUCAGUUCUCCCACCUCCUGCACAUGCUCCGACACCCAGCUCACCUACAGCGCCCUCAUCUACCUCCAGGGAAGCUUUUCGGGUUGUAGACGGGGAGGGGCGAGCUGUGCGUUCUUUCCGUUGCGAGCACUGCCGUGUGCUUUUCCUGGACCACGUUAUGUUUACAAUCCACAUGGGUUGCCAUGGUUUUCGGCAGCCUUUUGAGUGCAACAUCUGUGGCCAUCGCAGCCAGGAUCGCUAUGAAUUUUCUUCGCACAUUGUCCGUGGAGAGCACAUCUUUGACUGAGGAUAAAAGGACAGCCUGCUGCGCCUAGAGCUUUUUUUACACUGAGACUGGGAUUUGGUUGAGUUUGGUCUGCACAUGAGCUAAAGGCAUCUGUGAUGGUGUGAAACUGAUGUUUCUAACAGGCAGGCAGUUGGCAUGUGAAAAGUGAAAAGCUCAUGUAUACAUUUGAAGAAUUAGAAUAGAGCCCUUUAUUCCUUUCAGUCCACGUUUGACAACAAAUCUAUAUUAAAUUGUUCUAAAGUAGAUGAAGAGCCAACACUUUUUCAUCCACAUAUGUGCCUUGCUCCAAAAUUCAGAAUUUCAACCCUGCUGCACAUAUUAUUGUAGAAAAAUCUGACUUUUGUUGCUGAAAAGUUUCCCCCCUUGUGCACUUUAGUAGAGAUGACAGAAAAUAAAGUUAAAUAUGAAGCUUUUAGGCUUGCCUAUAAUGGAAUCCCUACAAAUUUUUAUGCCUCUUCCUAAGAGUACCUUUGGCAAACAGGCCUUUCUUUGGGCCACAUUUUUUUCCCAGCCUGGGGUUGAUUCUGUACGACUUUUUAUAAUGUAAAGUCAAGUGCAGACCAAACUUGAAAAUCAUGUCCAAGUCAUCUAGAAUUUGUUUGAGGGGUUGUCAUUGUAUUAGAAAUGCACUUUGGUUACAGUGUGGGUGGACUAAACAGAUUGUGUGUGUGUGUGUGUGUGUGUGUGUGUGUGUGUGUGUGUGUGUGUGUGUGUGUGAGUGUGUGUGUGUGAGAAAGAGAACCUGUGAGACUUUGUGUUUUGUUUUGUUUUUUGAAAGUAAAUUCAAUACGUAAAAUGGAAAAUGAAGGCCUUUAUUUCUGUGAGUGAAUGCUGUGUUGGAAAGUAUAUGAAUUGUUUUUUUUUUCUAUGACUGCUUUUGUUGCACUGAUACCUGCCAGAAUACAAUUAUAUUAAACUAUUUUAUAGAAUACAUUAAUGACCUGCACAUUUCUCUCAAAAUGUGAGGAAAAACCGGUUCUCACAAGGAAUGGGAUUCAAGCAUCACUGCCACAACUUGAGAGAUUACUGAAGAGGUUUGGGUGUUUGUAUCCCCCCCUCACACUGCAAACCAACACUAAUAAUCAACUAAUCUGCUUAUGCUAUACUUAAACAUGAUUUUGGUGUUACGUCAUUGUCCUGUGCCUUUCUAUACCUUUUUGACCAGACUGAAGGACGUGAGAUACAAAAUCUUUUCUGGCCCGUAGUUUGACUGUAGCUCUAUUCAGCAGAAGUCUGGCUAUUUUUUUUUUUUUAUCAGUUUUAUUUGCAGAGAUCCAAUUCUGACUGAGCAAAGAUGAAAUGUGCAUGGCUUUUGAAACAUGCUGCUAUGACAUGGGAGCAGUAAGGAGUAGCACUUCACUACCGUCCUCACAGGUUAGAAACAACUGUUAAGAUAUUUUAGUCCAGUGGCAUAUGUUACAGUAGAACGAAAUGGGAGUUUUUCAUAUUGCUUGGGAUCUAUUAAAAAAUUCAGAGAAAAAGUGAAAAAAAAAAAAUUAACCUGUUUUGGUCAUUUGUGUGGCAAAGAAAUCUAAAGAGAAAUGCGUCAGCUCUUGAUUCUAUUUAUUUUCAUGUUAAAACAGCAGAGAUAGUUGUUGUAGUCACUCUCCAUUAGUACUUAAUUUGACACAAACAAAAUAGGCUUACUAUUGAGAAGGAUGCUUUGAAAUUUCUAAAAGACAGACUUGGGCAUAAAAAUUAAUAGUUCGUUUAAGUUGAUUGGGGCUAGGGUUUCUUUUCAUGUACUCAGCAGCACAAAGAUAAAUUUGAGACACCGUGACAGACAAAUUUACCAAAGAUGAACUGAAAUUUACAAAGAAGACUGGAAAAACGGUGACAAUAGUCAAACUCAUCAGCGGACUUGAUCCUAAUAAUUUUUACUUGGUGUGAAUGAUAUCUUAUUAAAUACGAUUUCCCCUGUAUUUGUAUAACUGAUAUUUUGCCCUAUUUUCACAAUAGGGGCUUAAGAAAUAUUAUUUACUGUAAAAUAUUUGCAGUCUAAAAGCAUAUUUGGGGAUAUAUUAGUAUUUGUUAAUGGGUUUGAUUUUUGUCAUAUUCUGAACUCCAUCUUGACUCACAUUUCAAAGAGCUGUCUGGAUGUGCAGUUCUAUGAAAAAGAAUUAAACAGUAAUACUCUGUUUUUAUACUAUUUGUAAGAUCAGCAGUACCGUGGUUCUCUAUAGCACCAAAUAAUUUGCCCAAGGCUGAGCCAAAGAACCACUGUUUCCUACUGUUAAGCACUUUUCCCUACUAUGGUGGCAAAAAAUGAAAACUUAGUUUAAGUGAAUUAAUAUAUUUGUACAUACAGUAUAAAUUACAAGAAAGCUGCAAGUUGUUUUUGUUCUUUUAAUAAUGCUGUUAUUAAAGCCUUGUUAUGUUCAAAUGUUCUCAUCUCUUUGCAGAAGAUCUUUGAAAAUACAUAACGUAAAUGUUCAUCUUAUUUCAUUUGACGAUGGAAGAAUGGUUGGAAGUGUAUCUACAUUUGUUUUGUUAUUAGUUCAGUCAUUUGUAGCCACAGUGCAGUAAGGUGAUCUGGUCACCACACUAGCAACACAACCUCAACAUAUUUUUCAUUUCUUCUCAAGUCACUUUUAAUAUUCUAAUCAUCUUGCCUUAAUUUGAGAGCAGACUGUUAGAUGAGAUUGGGACUGAAGUUAGUUUGCAAAUCAUCACAGAAUCUUACAGUCUAAAAAUUAAAAAAAACAAACAUUUUCAGUGACACCAAAGUUAGCAGUGAUACUUUUCAUAUCAUCUUACACUGUGUAUAUUCUGAUUUAGGCCCAUGUGAGUCUUCUCCAGUUGGUGUGAUGUAUGUGAAUUGGGUCGUUGCUGUUGUGCCUUUGGCUGGAGGUCUUUAAUGCAUUUUGUGUGAACGGUUAAAAUUCUCGGUGUAAAACUUUAUGCUGUUAGUGCAGACUCCAUGUUUUGAGUAUACCUCAACCCACCACAGUGACCCUGGCCAGAACCAGUCUUUUCAUGUUUACAAUUCGUUGAAUAUCAAUUUAUCAAAAUGACUUCAGUAAAGGAGCCAAAGAAAAAUAUUGGAGAUAAAUAAACAAGUGUGUCCAGUUUUGUUGACCUCGCGUAAAAUAUUGUACAAAAACAUAAGAAAAAGGUUUUACUUUCCAAUGGUUUGACUCUUUGACAGAAUUUGGAUAUUCAAUUAAGUUCUGCAUUAUUGGUGGAGCAAAUUCUCAAUUUGUGUGCUACAGUGGUUGGGAAUGUGCUUCUAAACCUGAUGCAUGUGGUACCAGUGCUGUUUGCUCCUCAGCUGACACCCAGCCACCUGUUUUAGUCUUAAGGACAACCAAAUAAACUGUCUACUCCAGUUCAAGUCUAUACUUAAGAAAAUAAACUCCAGCUUUGUGGUAUUUUGUGUUUUAAAAUUUUCCCUGUUGCACUUUGUUCCUUUCAGUUUUUCUAACCUGCAUUUCCCCCGCUCUCUAAAUGGUCUGAUAUCGCUUUAACUGCAGAGCCUUUCUAAAUGUAUCAUAUGUAAUUUUGCAUUUGCAUAAUUUGAUCUUAAGCUACUGUUAGUUUUGUACUGUAAGAAAAGUCUAUUCCAAAUAAAAUAUUUGAGCAGUUUGUCUUUCCUA